AUGGGCACUCUCUCUUCGACCCUCACGCGACGGAAAACGGCAGUUGUCUCGGUCAUAGUCACCGAGCGAGAAGAACCGGUUUGGACAGCAGAGAACGAGGACCACCUGACCGAAGCUGGACCGAGCGCCGUCAUUAAAAAUGCGGUUCAAAAGGUCGCUCGAGAGAUGCAGAAGGUGUCUGUCAUCAGCGAAGAAGGAAUCCAACUUCCUCUUUGCAGAUUGAGAUGCCUGGUGAAGCAGCUAGACAAGGGAGAAGUGAAUGUGGUGGACCUGAGGAAGAAUAUAGAGUAUGCAGCCUCUGUUCUAGAGGCAGUCUAUAUUGAUGAAACCAGGCGUCUUCUGGACACUGAGGAUGAGCUCAGUGACAUCCAGACGGACUCUGUCCCAAUGGAGGUGCGGGAUUGGCUGGCCUCGACCUUCACCAGGAAGAUGGGCGUGGUCAGGAGACGACCCGAGGAGAAACCACGGUUCAAGAGCAUCGUGCAUGCCGUGCAGGCUGGCAUCUUUGUAGAGAGGAUGUACAGACGGACAUCUAACAUGGCUGGAUUGACGUACCCUCCAGCUGCCAUCGCUGCUUUGAAGGAUGUAGAUAACUGGUCCUUUGAUGUGUUUGUGCUCCACGAGGCCAGCAGUGAACACGCAUUAAAGUUCCUGGUCUACGAACUGCUCACCCGAUAUGACCUGAUCAACCGCUUCAGGAUACCAGUGUCAUCUCUGGUGUCCUUCGUAGAGGCUCUAGAGUUGGGCUACAGCAAACACAGAAACCCCUACCAUAACCUGAUCCACGCUGCCGACGUCACACAGACAGCACACUAUCUGAUGCUCCACACUGGCAUCAUGCACUGGCUCACUGAACUGGACAUCCUAGCCAUGGUGUUUGCUGCAGCUAUCCAUGACUUUGAACACACUGGGACAACCAACAACUUUCACAUUCAGACCAGGUCAGAGGUGGCCAUCCUGUACAAUGACCGGUCAGUCCUGGAGAACCACCAUGUCAGUGCUGCGUACAGACUUAUGCAAGAGGAUGAGAUGAACAUACUGGUCAACCUGUCAAAAGAUGACUGGCGAGAGCUGCGGACCCUGGUGAUUGAGAUGGUGAUGAGUACAGACAUGUCCUGCCAUUUCCAGCAGAUCAAAAGCAUGAGGAACGCCCUGCAGCAGCCUGAGGGAGUAGACAAGGCUAAAGCCCUAUCUCUGAUGCUGCAUGCAGCUGACAUCAGCCACCCAGCCAAGGCCUGGAAGCUGCACUACCGAUGGACACAGGCCCUGAUGGAGGAGUUCUUCAGACAGGGCGAUAAAGAGGUUGCGUUAGGGCUGCCAUUCUCUCCUCUGUGUGAUCGUAAAGCUACCAUGAUCGCACAGUCACAAAUAGGGUUCAUUGACUUCAUAGUGGAACCCACAUUCUCUGUGUUGGUGGACACGACCGAGAAGAUCAUUACCCCUCUAAUAGAGGAUACCUUAAAGUCACAUGACACUGGCGUCCGCAGGUCAAGUUUGACGGGUAGUGGGUCGGUGACGGUGGUGGAGUCAGUCCAGAAACAUAGUGGUCGAGGAUCCAGCCAGGGGGUUGACCAGGGGCUUACUACAGACUAUAGCCUGACUGGCAUCGACCUGAAACGGGUCAGACACACACUGGCAGAGGUCAUCCAACACAACAAAGACCGAUGGAAGGAGCUCUCUGUACAAGAGUUGGCGAGUAAAGAGCGAGCUGAGUUGAACACUGACCCAGAGGAGAUGGAGGAGUCCCAGAUGAAAACAGAGGUUACGUUGACUCACACCAGCCCUGAGAGACACAGCCAGGAGCUCCAAUCAGAGCCCUUCAAUGAACUGAUGAACAACACAAACUCCAAUAACUCUUCCCAGGAGGACUCAGAGCUGGACCACCAUCCUCACAGUUCUCUGUCCCCGUGUGAGGAUAAAGAGACAACAUCACCUGGCUCCAUCUCUCCUGAACGCCUACCAUGGAACGGAGCAGGCCCUGGGGCAGUCCUUGAGUCAGGGGAGGAGUCUCUUCAGAGCCCUUGAUUCUGAUAAGCUACCCAACAACGCUGCCACUUCCUGAUUUUUAUUCUACUUUACCUUUAUUUAACUAGUCAAGUCAGUUAAGAACAAAUUCUUAUUUACAAUGAUGGCCUAUCCCUGCCAGCCCCUAACGACACUGGGCCAAUUGUGUGUCGCCCCUGAUUCACCAUAUUUGUUUGUUAGCUUUUUUUAUUGUAUUUGUUCUGAUUGAUUUUAUUUCCAGUCUGUUAUUGUAUUGUUAUUUAUUAAAUAUGGGGAUCUUCUUGCUCCUCUUUGCACCGCAAGUAGUUUUUGUCUAUAUUCAUUCUCUCUUCUCUUUCAGAUGGGUUUGUAUGGUACACUAGGACGAUCACGGUACUUAAUUGCAACAGUGUGUGUUCUCUCUUGAUUUCAUGCUAGACAAACAUAUUUUACCCUAGAGUAGUACUGGAAUGGUUGCCGACAGUUACCCACACUAUGAGUAUGAUUGGUUGUGCA